AUGUGGUCUGAAGGAUGGUGUGACUACAAGCGACUUCCAGGAAAUCAAGUGCAGGGAUGCUGUGACUACAAGCGACUUCCACGAAAACAAGCGCCUCCUUGGAACCAUCCCAGUGAUGGCAACGGUGGAUUAAUUAACGUGACGAAGAGACCGCCUCUGGCAGACAAGACAUCAUCUCUGCUAGCCAGACCCGAUGAAGGAGGCUACAGUAGAUACUACUGUCACGUUGAUUACCAAAAAUGGGAUGAGGGCCGCUGUUUUUCUCAGAAUCCAAGAAGUGGCCCACCCUACAAAAGAGGCCCUUAUGGCUACCUAUGGUCAAGCGAUGAGUAUGCCACAAGCCGACAGCCUCAAUACAGGGCCAUGAGAAACGGCUUUAGAAGAAGACGUUUGUAUUCUUCCCAUUAUUCAAGACAACGAACUCCCCAUAAACGGGGCGCUCCAUUUUUGAGAGAAUCACAUGUGGGCGGGAAGGACUCCCUACACAGCAGAUUUGGCUCCAGUCUCAGCAGUAGAAGCAGGAUGCGCUCCUUCCAUCAGUCUCGACAUCGAUGUAAAGAGAGAGCCAUCCAGUUUUUGAAAACAUCAAGAGAUACUGUGCCUUCAGGUUCUUCAUCCAAGGUGUUAAAAAGCCCCAGCCGCCUGACUGAGAAGGAACAGGCUGAUGCUGCAAACAAGUGGGCUAAUGAAAAUCCCAAGAAGUCAGAAGAAAAUCACUUGGCUGAAAUGUCCGAGUUUGAGACGGGAUCCAAGGCACCAUUAUGUAUCAACCAGACAGAAGAACCCGAGUCCAACACAACAGCUGGCACAGAAUUGUGUGAAGACAGCCAGCUUAGCAGUCGCUCAAAAGCGAUUGCAUCAAAAAUCACGGAGAUUGAGAAGGUUUACCGACAAGUCUGUGAAACUUUCGGGAUGGUGGUGGAAAGGCUGGUUGAAAAGGAUCGUUCCUUAGAAAAAUCUAUACAGUUUGCAAUGAAGCAGAGUUUGCAUGAAAUAGGUGAGCAACAUGUUGAAGAACUCAAGCAUUUCAUUAUGGAGUAUGAUAAUUCUACUCCAGAUUUUGGAGACCCUUUUUAGAAGAAUUAGGGCUCGGUUCAAACAAAUUUUUAAAGCUUCUAGAUUUUUCCCUUUGGACUUUUGAAAUCCUUACUAUUUUGUGAUGAAGAGAAAUACUUUAUGAUAACUGACCCCGUUGCUAGUAUCAAAUAAACAUCUACAAUAGUUUUUAAAGUCUCUUAAUUAGAAUGUUUUCCCUAUGUGUAGAAUCGUCUAAUCCAUCUUCAUACAUCCCCUCCCUUCCAAAAAUAAUGUUCAAUUAAUUUUUUAAUGUUUGAAAAGGCAGUUCUGGAGAGCAGCUCUCUGUACUUAACUCAUGAUCAAUAGUCUUCCAUGGUGUGCUGGUCUCCGGGGUAUAAUUUGUAGUUAGAGGUCAUUCCAGGUUGCAUCAUAGGCAUUGUUAGCAUUUUGAGUUGAGUUUGACUUGCUGCCUGCUUUUUUUCUGCUUUGUAACUUUCAGUGGUGU